CGAUUGCCUUGUGGUCCGACGCUUAGAUAGCUGAUGCUCUGCCAUUUCCACUUAGCUCCGCUUCCCAAACGAAUAGCCCUAACCCCAAAUCCUCCUAUCCCAUCGGCGCCAUGGUCGCUGCUCACCUUCUGACCCCCUGCUUAUUCUCUCCCGUUCACUCCCCUCGGCGACUCUCCCGCCUCCCCCCCUUCCGGGUUCAGAGGCGACGCGCCCCGUUGGUAGCCAGCCGUCGGCAGAAGCCAUGCCUCGCCUGUGGCGCCGACACUCUGGUCGCUCGAUCAGAGGGGAGCUCGCAGGUCCUCCCCUCCGACAAAGUUAGGGCGGAGGGAGCGGAGCUCAAAUCCUGGCUGCACCAGCAUGGAUUACCGCCGUGCAAGGUUGACCUUAAGGAGAGACCUUCGCAUGACGGGAAGCAUCGGCCUAUUCAUUACGUCGCGGCCAGUGAGGAUCUGCAGGCGGGUGAUCUUGUAUUUUCGGUGCCGAACUCAUUAGUAGUGACCCUGGAUAGAGUUUUGGGAAAUGAAACCAUCGCUGAACUAUUGACCACAAACAAGCUAUCUGAAUUAGCUUGUUUAGCACUAUAUCUCAUGUAUGAGAAAAAGCAAGGAAAGAAGUCAUUCUGGUAUCCAUUCAUCAGGGAACUUGAUCGCCAGCGAGGAAGAGGCCAGCUAGCUGUAGAAUCUCCUCUUCUUUGGUCUGAAUCUGAAUUGGCCUACUUAGAUGGCAGUCACACAAAGGCAGAAGUUCUUGGAAGAGAAGAAGGAAUAAAGCGAGAGUAUAAUGAGCUGGACACAGUUUGGUUCAUGGCUGGAUCUCUUUUUCAGCAAUAUCCCUUUGACAUUCCUACGGAGGCUUUUCCAUUUGAGAUUUUCAAGCAGGCAUUUGUUGCAGUACAGUCAUGCGUUGUUCAUUUGCAGAAGGUAACUUUGGCCAGAAGGUUUGCAUUAGUUCCUCUGGGACCUCCUUUGUUGGCUUACAAGAGCAACUGUAAAGCAAUGUUAACUGCUACUGAUACCUCUGUUCAACUAGUAGUUGAUUGUCCAUACAAAGCUGGAGAUCCUAUUGUCGUAUGGUGUGGACCCCAACCAAACUCUAGGUUGCUUCUCAAUUAUGGUUUUGUUGAUGAAGACAAUCCUUAUGACCGUAUACUAAUUGAGGCAUCUUUAAAUACAGAAGAUCCUCAAUACCAAGAAAAGAGAAUGGUUGCUCAGAGAAAUGGAAAGCUAUCUGUCCAAACUUUUCUUGUGCAUGUAGGUAGAGAAAAGGAAGCCAUAUUAGAGAUGCUGCCAUACCUCAGAUUAGGCUGCAUUUCCAAUGCAGCUGAUAUGCACUCUGUCAUUUCUUCUCAAGGCCCUACAUGUCUGUUAAGCCCAUGCAUGGAGAGAGCUGUGCUCGACCAACUUGUAAACUACUUUGAGGCUCGGUUGGCGGCCUACCCUACAACUUUGAUUGAGGAUGAAGAUAUGUUGGCAGAUUGCAACCUGGAUCCGAAGAAGCGAGUUGCAGUUCAACUAGUUAAAUUGGAAAAAAAAAUGAUUCAUGCUUGUUUGCAGGCCACUUAUGAUUUUAUACAUGAAUUACCAGAUGACACAAUAUCUCCUUGUCCAGCUCCUUUCAUGCCACAGUUGAAAAUUUAGGGAUAAAGAAGAUUAUAAGUAAAGCUCUUAAGCAGCAUCAAAUCAGCAUCGCAUAGAUGGUUUAAGACACCUAACUUUCUGAAAUUUAGGUACAAUCAGCAUGUCUAGUUCACUACAUAUCUGAAGCAAUAUGCACGAACCUGUUCCAUCUCUGUGGUGUUCCAAGCUUAACCUGUGAUUUCUUCUUUGUUGUUUCAGAGUGAAUGUUCGUCUGAUAACGUAUCGUUGCCAGUAAAUUCUUUCGUGUAUUGAAAAGUGAAAACUGAUUUCUAGGUCAUGGGGGCAAUUGCAGUAGCUGCGUUGUACAAGUUAGGUCUUUUUUCAAUACUUGCAAAGAUGCUUCUUCUAUAUGUUUUCUUAUUACUGCUACGUAUGUGCAUACUGUUUUCGAUAACUAGAGGUCCCUAUUAUUUUAUUCCUUGUACAUAUUGUUUUACAUAAGUGGGGCGUCCUAUUAUUGUUUCUUUCUAGUAUUUCAAUUGUGUUGUGAAAUCACUACUGAUUCAGUUUGUUCAAUUGCAUCUGAUAACUGGGCUA